ACCACCUUCUACUGGCUUCAACCUCCCCUCCUGUCAUCUGAGAAACUCUUCAGCAGCUUAUCUUGGUACGUGUGUUUAUCCAAAGCAGCCUGGUAACUGCUGUGAAUGAUUUGGAUUAUCUGAGCUCCCUUUAAAAUAAAACCAAAAAGUUGGUAUCUGCUUUUUUUGGGGGCUGAUCGCAUGCGACGAAAACUGAAAAGGGUGUUGUAGUUUGGAUCAUCUGAAGUUUUCCUUUGGAACCUGACACUUGCAUGCCAUGGAUCAUACACUUUUUGGCUGCCUGCGCAGCCCCCAUGCCCCUGCACAGGGCUUGCACCCGGCUUUUUCGCAGUCGUCUCUUUCCCUCCAUGGAAGAUCCGACCAUGUGUCCUACCCGGAUCUAUCCACCUCCUCGCCCACCUGUAUUAUAGCUGGAUAUUCCAAUGACGAGGGCCUGUUUGCAGGUCAGCAUCACAGAGGGCAUCACCAGCAACACCAGCAGCAGCAGCAGCAGCACCACCACCAGGCUUUACAGCCUAACUGGAACAUUCCUCAGAUGCCCUCUCACACAGCUGCCACUAGACAUAGCCUCUGCCUUCAGCCCCCAGACUCAGGAUCUUCUGAUUUGGGAACCAGACCCCCGACCCUCUGUGCCAGCACACCAAGCCUGGGUACCAGCACCCCAACAGGGGCAUCUUGUGUACCAGGGGACUUUGGCAGACAGGCUCUGUCCCCAGCAGAGGCAGAGAAAAGGACUGCCAAAAGGAAAAGUGACAGCUCAGACUCCCAAGACGGGAACUACAAGUCAGAUGUGAGCGGCAAACCCAGGAAAGAGAGGACAGCUUUUACCAAGGAACAGAUCAGAGAGCUUGAAGCGGAAUUUGCCCAUCACAAUUACUUGACAAGGCUGAGAAGAUACGAAAUAGCUGUGAAUCUAGAUCUCACUGAAAGACAGGUAAAGGUUUGGUUUCAGAACCGGAGAAUGAAGUGGAAGCGAGUGAAAGGAGGCCAGCAAGGAGUUGUGUCUCGAGAAAAAGAACUUGUGAAUGUGAAAAAGGGAAGGCUGCUUCCGUCUGAGUUCUCAGGGAUGGCAGGGCUCCACCAUUCUGCAGAUUCCUUAGCAAACGAGGAUAGUCAUGACAGUGAUCACAGCUCCGAGCAUGCGCACUUAUGACACACCACAGAAACCAACGUCCAUACUCAGGAAAGACGUGAAAUGGAGGAUAAAUGUACCUGGAAAAAAUAAUGAAAAACAAAAAAUACUUUGUAUAAAUGUAUAAAAAGAGAACAUCACGGCUAUUUCUAAAAAAAAAAAAAAGAAAAAAAAGAAAAAAAAAAAGCCGGCCUGUAAAAUCUGUUUUGCUUAUAUUAGAAACCUGGGAAAAGUGCCUUAAAAUUGCAGAAUCUGAAGAGGUCAAUGGCUUUUGAACAUUCCAUAUUUUGUUCUAUUCAAUGACAAUGGGCAGGUUUAUGCAUUAGCUUGCACUGUUUAAAACAUGCCUUUAUCAUUUUCGACUUUCUGACAGUUAUGUAAUAAUAAAAAAAAAGAGGUGCAGCAAAUACUUGUUCAGCUAAAACUACAAAUAUAAUAAUUAUGUAAAUAAGUAUCAUUGUUUUAUUAUCUUCACUCUAACAAUCAUUUCCUGUUUGCAGUAUAACAAUCCAUAAAGUAAUAAAAAAUGCUAGUUGCUAAUAUUACUAAUCUGAUUGUUUUGUAUUUGUUUUUUCCUGAAAAAAUAAAUACAUUUUGAGAUAUUUUCUUCUGAUCAUAAUUAGGUGGCGAUAGACAUUUCUUUAUAUUUUUUUUUUUUUUUUUGUGCUGACUCAGGAGAGACAAAGAUGGACACAUGCGUCCUCCGAAGUAUGUGCAGUCAGCCGUCUGCUUGCAGCCACCUCAGAGCUACAGCAUUAGAGGACCAGCAACUUAAAGGCAGACCUGCAGACACCCAGUCAGUCUAGAGGGGUUGCUGGUGUGCGGUGAGCUGAGUACACCCUGGCCGACCUAAGCCCUUCCCACCUGGGUCAUGCUCGGCUAAUUGUGCGCAGCCCCCUGGGAACUCCUGUCUACGGUUGGCAGUGGAAUAGCCUGGACUCAAACCAGCGACCUCCAGGCUAUAGGGUGCAUCCUGCACUCCAUGCGGAGCGCCUUUACCGGAUGCGCCACUCAGGAGCCCCUGUGACUGAAUACUGUGAUUACAGACUGCAAAAUACUAUAAUUGAACCUUAGAUUCUAGGGUUAAGUUUGUGAUUAAAACCUUGUUUGUUUAUGAAGGAGUUCUGUUCAUAAGGGUACUGCAUACAAUAUACAUGAAAUACAGUUUAGAAAUAUUACCAGAGAAUGCAGACUAGGAAGGAUCAGGAGCUGCUACAUCUUGAAUUGAUGCUAUAAAUGGAAACGCUCAAUCCUGCAGAGUAGUGUGUAUACAGGGUGCUGCACAUCUAAAAGCAAAUAAUUAAAUACCAAAACUUUGUAAUUUAUAAUAUAACAUCAAGAUGCCCCCACACCCAAUAAACAUGUAAUGAUGAAAAGAAAAGACUCAAACAACACAUACAUGUUUUCCAUGAUUAUACGGUUACAUACUUUAUUGAGGUUAACCAGAGUUGCAUGCAAUGCUUUUUUAUAGAGUACAUACCAGACUUUCAAUGCUUCUCUAUGUUUUCACUUUGAAUUCACUUUGCUUUUACCAUGACAUACCAUAAGAACCAUAUAUAACUUCAUAUCUUAUAAAAUGGAGCCCCAUAAUUUUGCCAUCCAUUUUUUAAAUCGCAUUUUCAACCUGAUUGUCCCUGGUAGCGUGCAUGAGAUGUCAUCAACUGAACUGCACAAAUAAAAUGCCUUGGUUGUUGUAUAACAAUAAUACCUCCACAUAAAGAAUGUACAGAUUUACAGACAGCUGUGGCAUAAAAGGCUCACUGCUUGCUAACUAAAACAUGUUUAGAAAUGCCAGUACAACCCUUUUGUUUAGGGUAUUAUUGUGUAAAUAAAUGAUAUGGUCAUUAAUAGUGGCAUCUGGAGGGAUGAAGCAUGUACUGAAUGCCAGAAACCAUUUUUCUGAAUUGUCACAAAGCCUGUUAGAAAAAAAUUUGGAAAAAACAUCUGUAGACAAUCAUCAUAUAUAUCUACUUAUUGUUUGCAAAUAGGACCUAAAGAAAUUACUAUUCUACCUAACACUGAAUUGCUAUGCUCAGGUUCAUUAAAUAAUUCAUGUAAUAAUAAGCAUUUUUAUAAAUACAAAUGGACAGUUUAUAUUGGCUUUUGUACAUGAGAAACCAGAAUAUUAUUCCAGAAUAAUACAAAUGACAAAAUAUACUGCUUCUUCUGAGAAACAAUUGAUGUUUACAGUAUGUAUUAGCUUUGCAUGGAAAAUCUUCUGGUAAUCCAACAGGAAAGCCAAAAACCUACCUUAAAAAGAAAUAUUGCAAAUACUAAAGAGACUUAAAAGACUCAUGUUAAUUUUUUAUCCCGAUUAAAUAUAUUUUAAAGUAUUACUAAAAAGAAAAAAUGUAAAGUUAAUGGGCAACAUUGGCUAAGUUUACUAUAAAUGUAGAGGUAGAACUUUUUUUUUUUUUUUUUUUUUUUUUUAAAUGGUUUUGCAACAAACUUAACUGCCAUUUUAUGAUAACUAAGGAGGGGUUCGGCUGAAUCAAGAGAAGCAUGUGUUGAGCUAAAGUUGUGCCAAUAGGCCACUGUUACUACUAAUUCAAACUACAUACUAUUAAUGUUUUCUGCGCUUUACAGUUACUCAGCAAUGCAACCUUCAGAAUAGGUACAUUGUACUAUGAGGUUUAUAAAACAAAAUCUGUCAAGUAAAAGAUGUAUGAUUCUUAACUCCAAAACAAUACAUUUUCAAAGAAAGACUAUUACUUGAGUACACUAAUUAUUAUAAGAGAACUACUUUGUAUUGAAAUAUUUGCAAACACUGGAGUUUGAUCUGUGCAUGCUUGGAACACACAUUUCCAAAAUCUUGAAAAGUAUAGUUCCAUGACAGUACAUUUCUAGAAAACAAACUAGUAGUUGACACCUGUCAAAGCUGCAGAUAAACUAUUGUAAUUUUAAUUAUAUUUUUUAACAUUCUAGACAAUAACCAUUAAUUUUAUCUCAUGUGUUACCAAAGGAAUUCUCUAGUUUCUAUUGUUCUUCUGAUUACGAGUGAUAACCUUUAACCAUCUACUGUACUUAAGUGAAGCUGAAAUUGUUCAAACAAUACAGUCUUUAUUGUUCUAGCUACCUAAAGAAAAUGUUUUUAAACCUGGUCAUUUUGAUCUUGGAUGAAACUUCUACCUUCAUCCAUUUGGGAAACCCUUUCCUUUAGCAGGAAAAAGUAUUAUUACAACAAUAGUUACAUGCCAAAAUCAACAGAGCUGUCUAAAUGCUUUUCCACACUUGAUUAGAAUGGAGGAUUCAUUUGUGCUUGGAUUUUAGAAAAACAAUGUAGCAGCCUAACCGUAUACAAUAUUGCAAUGCUAAGAAAUUAAUAGCUGUAUUACAUCAAAUUAAAUGUCUUUUAUUUUAAUUUCAGAAAGUUAAAAUUGUCUUCAGAUUCGAUGCUGUGGUAUAAAGGAAAUCUGGAGAAGCCUGCUUCUCAAUAAUGUUGGGCUUUGUCACAUCAGCCAAUGCAACUGCCACAUACUCUUGGUACAUCCAGUAAUUAGUCUUUUUACAGUUUCACCCAAUCGUUUUGGCAGAAGCUAUUUUUCAUAGCUUUGUCAAGGUCAUGUAAAGGUUUUUGUAAACAUGACAUAUUGAUCUUGUUUGAUGCUUUAUGGUAUUAUUGUAUUUUUUUUAACAGUGACAGGCUAUGAAAGAAGACACCCUGCUGAACAAUCUCAAAUGUGCUGAGAAAUCAUGAACGUUAUUUUUUUAAUGUAUUUUUGUUUUAGCUGUAUUUUUGUAAUACGUAUAUGCAUGCAACUCUAAUGCAGUGUGUAUCUCACAGGGCCAUGUUAUUUUGGACAUUCAUUGUUACCACAGCAAAUUAUAAAGUAGCAAAUUAUUAUCAAUGCUGUCUGUUGAAUGAACUGUAACAGAUGUCGGAAUAUAUAUGUAUGCUUGUAUUAAAUGUCUCACAGUUUUUGCAGACCGUUUGGCACUUUUCCAUAUGGUCUUGCCUGUUGUCUGGUAUAGAAGAAAAACUGUUAAAUAUAAGGCUAAUUAGGUAUGGGCCAUGGCUGCUGAAUGCAAGUCAAGGAUUGAAUGACCUAUUGGAUUGAAUCUUGAAAACUUUGUAUUGUAUUUUUUUACUGUCUGAGACAUUUAAAAAUAACAGAUACAAACAUAUGAAAUCUCUACAGUGCCAGCCAACCUAAAAAAUAUACAGUACUGCAAUUAAAGUUUCUGUGCUGUCAGGCGUAUCUUGUAGUAUCUUGAAACUUCCACAAAGCAAUGUGCCAGAAUUCUACUGUUCAAGAAAGGGCUAAUAACAGCAAAUACAAAUAAGGAUACAUUCAUAUUUCAGAAGAGAAAAGCCAUGACACUGUCACCUGCAGUUAUUUGUAUAGUAUAUUACAGUCAGCCUGAGCAGUAAACCAAUUUUCUUCGACAUACUAAUAAAUAUACUGUACAAGCAGGUAAUUAUGACAUCCAAGCAACAAUUACACUUGCAUUAUUUAAUUUAAACAAUCCAAACACAUACUCGAAAACAUGUAAAUACAGAAUGUACCUUUCAAAGCAACUGU